AUGCCGAUACUGAGGGACGGAUCUAGUUUAUCGGCUGCACGAGGCCAGGCGGCUAGGAGACAAGUGAUCCGUCCGUUUGUGUGUUCGACAUUUCAAGACUUUCAUGUAGAAAGAGACUUUCUACAAGAACAAGUAUUCCCGAGACUAAACAAGCUUUGUCAGGAGCGGGGGACAUCUUUUCUUCCUGUAGAUCUGCGAUGGAACAAAAGCCAGUCUCAACAAAACAGCGAACAUGUUCUUCGCAUGUGUUUAGACAGUAUUGGCCGCUGUGCUCCGUUUUUCAUUUGCCUCUUGGGGGACAGGUAUGGUGUACAUCGUGCAGCUGAAUCCGAGAUUACGGAUCCUGCUACUGAAGAGUGGCUUGACAAGAACUUUGAAACAGCUGCUGCUUGUGGAUACGAUUGGGUGCUGGAAGACGACAACAGGUUAGUAUGGUUAAAUAGAAGUUAAUAGGGAGCUUAAGCAGCAACGUUUUUGAGCGAUGCACGUCAACCGGAAGUGAGGUAUUUUCCCUCUUAACAUGCCUUGAUGAUAUAAAAUUUGUAUUCCUUAGCUUCUUUACUGUUAUAGAGGCGAUUUGACUGAAAAUUUGCGCGAAACCACCGUCAAAAAAUGAAAAAAGGCCACUUCCGGUUGACGUGCGUCGCUCAAAAACGUUGUUGCUUAAGCUCCCUAAUAUGUUUUUUCAACUUUUGACAUGGACCAGUUGAGGGCACAAUCCCAUCACUGGAGAGAGUGCCUUAAAAUUAGUACAGUUGCUAAAACGAGCAAAGAUAUAGCUCCGCAAAGAAGUGAAAAAUUACAGACUUUUUAUUGUUGGGCGGCAAGUUUGUACCCCCUACCAUUCAAACAUUUUGUAAAAUUUUGCGACUUUGAGGAUGUAUAUCCUCCUUAAUUUUCAACAAAUCACUUUUAAACUUGGCAAUGUCACUAAUGUUGGGCAUUUGCCAUUUUCUUUUGGAAAAGCUGCAAAAAGCCCCACGGUGGGGCUGAGCAGUUCAUCCAAAACUCCACAGAGUGUGCAAAUGCCUUACCCCCAGUCAACACCAAAAUUGCAAUUUCCUGUAAAUAAGCUGUAAAUGCUGUAUUUAUAGAAAAUCUGUAAUAUUCUGAUCAAAAUUAUUAUUGCAAAAAAGAUCAAAUUGAUCUGACUAGUAUCAACAGAGGGUAAAGGUGCACAUGAGCCAAAGGCCCAAAUGGCUGGAGCUUGUCCUGGUUUCCAUAGCAUGAAGCAUGCUUAGGAGUAUUGCUACUCCCCCUGGACGUUAUGCUAGUUCAUUGCAGAUAGUUUGAGGUGUUAACUGCUCAGCUACACACCAAUGAUUAUGAUAGAACUGUAAACUAGAAUUUAAACAGUACCUUUCUUAUUUUCGAAGGCAUUUAACACAGUGGAUGAUAAAAAAACAAGUGACAAGCUUAACAUGAGUAUUUUCUCAUCAUGAUCAAACUGUUCCAUCAACAUUUAACCAUCGCAUUGAUCACACAGACCACAAAGUUUAUACUAGCAUUCAAAUAUCUCGCUGAGUUUUUCUAGGCCUUUCUGCCUCAACCAUUUGCUCACAAAGAAAGUGUCUUUUCAUUUAAACUCUUCAAACAAUGCCAUGAUUGUUUUUUCUCCACGUGCAAACUGAGCCAGUAGAAUGUGUGACACUCUUGUUUGUUUCUUAACUUCAAAUGCAAGUAAUUUUUAUGUAUCUCUUUAUAUAAACUUGAGAGGGCCACUGGUGCCACUCAAAAACUAUACACCAAAAGUAAUGUUUUCAUUUUUGAUGUGGCAAAUGAACCAAGAAUCAAGUUGGACCCCUGUGUUUUAAAUGUGACCAUUGAUUGGCUUAUUAACGUAAGCCCCAAGAGUGACCAACAUCAAGUUUCUCCAAACAAUAUCAAUGCAUAAUCUUGUAGAAAGGUUACAAGAAUAAAUGAUGUAAACAAAAAAAUUAUGAUUUAUUUAUUCCAAAUUGCCCGCGAAAUUAUGUGAUUACCUAUACUUAACAUGCUCUAAUCUUUUAACAAAUUCUCUCAUCUAAUUUUUCAAGAAACGUAAAAGAGAUCAGUUGGGAGAAUUUGUGUGUGGAUAUUAUUGGGACUUAAAGGGUUAAUGUUUGGUUCCAAAAAAUAUCCAUACCUCCCCCACGGAAGGGAUUUUUCCUUAGACCCCCACUGGCCCACCUCUCUGGAAAUUCCAGUAAAGCUUUGUACAUUAACUUAAGAUUUUGGGCCUUUGAGAACCCCCCACCCCCCAGGAAUUUCCAAUCGCUUCUUUGUGGGUGGUAUGGAUAUUUUCUGGAACCACACAACACUAGAAACAACAAUAUUAUUUCCAAAUCUCAGAGCAAAAAAGGUGUAAAGAGGUGAGGGACUAGACCUCUGGGCCAUUAACAAUCCUCUCUUGAGAAUGUGUAACAGCUUUUCUGUUAAAAUGUAAUCAAACCUCAUUUUACUUUGCUGAUAAAGUCUGAGCAAUUCAAACAAAUAUUUAAUUUGUUUUAACCCCCUUUUUUGCUCUGAGUUUUGGAAUUUGUUUUUUUAUAAUAUGACUUUAAGUAUGGCUUAUUAACGUUUGGGUGAAUUUGGUUGAGUUCCAUGCAAUGUUACUCCCAGGGUAUUCAAUCAAUGGUAAUUGUUCCCCUGAAAGGUAAAUUUUGAUCAAUGAAAAUUAAUCAAUAGAAUAAGUUAAUAAUUAACUAUUGACAGGGCUGUCAUUAAGAGGUGGGGGCUGGAGAUUUCCCCAGCUAACUAUGAAUGUGGUCCCGGGCUACUUUCAUAGGAAAAUAGAAGAAAAAUAGAGCUAGAAGAAAUCCCUACAUGUAACUGUUUGAUUCCUCGCCUACUUAUUGACCCGGCAACUUGAAAUCUUAGUGACAUCCCUGAUUGAUAUUGAUUGGUAUUGAUUAACCAGUGAUUGACCAAAAAAUCAAAAGUCUUGCAUGAAUUGCCAUGCCUAUUAAUUCUUAACAAGUACAUGUACAUUGUGAUCAAUGACAACCAUUGGAAUAUCAUUAAAAUCAACAGUAAUAUUUGAUUAAUUAACAAAGGCUCCUCCUCUCUAAAACUUUUCACAUGUCAGUCAACAAUAUGUUUUUUGUUUCUGCUCUGUACAUAGGUAUAACAGUAUCACUGAGUUGGAGAUUGUGCAGGCUUCUUUCCGUAAAAAAUAUGACUAUGGCUACUUUUACUUCCGGGGCUCUUCUCAUGUUGAAGAGAAGCUUCAAGGCGUUGAAUCAUCCCGCAAGGACAGCAUUUUGUCUCUUUACAAACCUGAGAGUGACUAUGCUGCCAGGAAACUGAGAGAACUUAAACAACAGACAAUUGAUACAGGUUUGUCGGAGCUUGUUACAGUUUUAAGAGUUACAUGUAUUAUUUACUGGGUCACUGAAGACUGUUUUUUAGUGGACAAAGGCAUCAGUGAGCCUUGCACUACAUUUUGUAUCUCCUUAUAUUUUCUUUAAAGUGAACCUGUAUCUCUAUCAACCCAUUGAUGGCCGUGCUGGCCAAAACUGGCUGUACAAGACUCCAUUGCUUUAAAACAUUGCAACUUUCUCAAUCGAGCAAACAUUGCCUUAACUAUCAGUUGUGAGAAUUGAAUAGAAAGUCCUUCAAGUUGGGAUAUCCAAUAAGUGCAAAGAAGUCAGCACUCUUUGCAGAAUAUCACCUUUUGAAUUAGGACAGGAACAAAAAUGACGGGUUUUAACGUCAUGGAAAAACAACAAAAAUCACGUUUUUUGACUUCAGGUUUUUAUUGAGACCAUCAAUUUAUUGCAAAACCAAAAGUUAACAUUCACAGUAAAAUUCAGUCCUUGUCCCAGCCUAGAAGUGAUUUUUUUCUUCUUAUUCAUUUCCUGGGCCGAGCCACAGCUGUUUGUUCUAGGGCAUCCUGGCCUUGUCUCAAUUUUCAACAUCACAACUGCAUUGCAUGCUGAGAGAAUUACAUGCCAGAAUUUUUGACAGUGUUCGUUUCUUCCCCCCUCUUUUUUUCAUAUUUGUACUUGUACUUGUCCACAGCCACUCCAACCUCCCAUGGAAAUUUUGCGCUUGUUGUGAUAAUUUUUUCAGUUGUAGCCCCGGGCUAGCGUACUCGACUUUCUUUGCACGCUGAUCACCACUUUCCAUGCUAACCCCAGAGUCACUAAAUCCUGUGGAUUGUUUACAAUUUUUAUAUACAGAAAAUCACUUGAAACUGUAAAAUGUUUCGGUCGUCGAUGGGUUAAUUUGAAACUGCUUGGAGUCUUGCUAGUAAAGGUUUCACUGUUUUAUCAGAACUUACCAGACAUGGAAUUCUGAACUCUAACAAGUACAGGUACAGUAGCUUGCUUUGCGACACUGCUUCAGAGCCUCCACAUCACAGUAUGGCUUCCUUGUUUGUCUCCAAUGUACUGCUGUAAAUUCUGAACAUCCCUUCGUGUACCAUAGUACAUGAAUACAAAUUAUUGCCAAAAUGGCUGAUAAUGAUACACACCUUUAGCCCUCCUGCUGGAUGUGGGACAGUGUUUGAUGAAGAUGACAGUUGACAUUGACAACUUUUCUGUUACAUGUUGUGCUUUCAGAGUUGCCAGUCCGUCAUUUUACUACUGUUGCUGAGCUUGGAGAUCUGCUACUAAAAGACUGGAUUGCAGUCAUUGACCUCUAUUACCCACCAAUUAGCCCCCUUAUAUUCCCAAGUGUAUACUCUGAGGUAUUCCGUCAGUGGUCUGCUCAUGAGGCUUUUGCUAUGGCUCGACGCCAGGUGUUUGUCAGAACACCAAGAAUUAGAGAGAUGACUGAGGUAUUGAACCUCCAUGCUGAAGUCGAACAGGGGAUCAAGAGAAGAUCCAGUAUGGUGGUGCCAACUGCAGUGUUAGGGACAUUUAUGACCAGUCUACCUGGCAGUGAGAAGGAAUCUCUUCCCCCAAUAUUAGUGUUGGCAGGUAGGUAUAUUUCCAGUUAUUGAGGUGAGCACAGAGGAGGUAAGCAAAAGAACAUGCAUGGCACAAGUUGCAGGACCAGGACGGGUGUGGGAUGGAUGGGGGGGUGGGGAGGGGGCGUGACUCCCAUUCCUCAUGACUCUGGCCUCAUGCUCUUCCCAUUCUUGCUUCCAUUCUUGUGAAAAACACAAAACGAAAAUCAUGUCUUUUUAGGAACCCUAGCCUUCUUUACCUGAAAGUAACAAUCCUAUUAACAUAGCAAACCUCGAAGACUGUGUGUUUAUCGUCCGUAUUUUGAAUUUCUGCAGGUCAGAGUGGAUGUGGAAAAUCCACAGUGGUAGCUCAAUGGCUAAAGCAGUUUACUGCCGUUCAUGGUCAGGUAGUCACCAUUCCUCAUUUUGUUGGCUGUGAUUCAGCCAGUACUGAUGUCACCAACUUCAUGCGCCGCUGUACAAGCGAACUACGGCUUCAUUAUCUUGACUCUGAUUUUGAUGACCUCAUAGACAACCAAGACCUUUCUGAUGUCACGCGUAUAACACAGGCGUUUAGAGCAGCUCUGUCUCUAGGUGAGGUGAAAAUAGUGGAUCUUUAGAUCCAAUGUUCUACACGUUUUUCAAUAAUUGCAAGUGUAUGAGUGAGUUUGUAACAAGCUGUCACACACCUGUCUACUGUCUUCUGUUUUUCUUACUACUAAUGAUUAAUGGCAAAUAGUGAAAAGUGUUUGGGCUAAACCCAUCCUUGCAUUAAACCACGUGCAUGCUUUCAAAUGACUAAAGUUUACACAGGUUGGUUGUCCGUGUAGAUCUUAGGGAAGGGGGAUAGGAAUUAGCCCCACGCGCUCUCGUGUGCCCAAAUUCCCCCUUCCCCUUCUAACGCCUGGCACUCAGGCUAUGUAGACCUGCGCGUUCUUUUAGCCGUUAGUACAUCUCUCUGUAUCCCAGUUCGCCAAGUGGUUUCAAUGCUUUUUUCACUUUCAAAAUGGCCAGGGGAGAAACCAGCUGGAAUGCUCCAAUGAGUCCUGGAGUAUUCUGUCUAGUAAGACGUACGGUGCUUUCUUUCAUGGCCAUGUGAAUGGCGUGAAAGCGUUAUUUGUCGCAUGGAGCAUUACGGCAGUUUUUUUAUUUGUUUCUCAGCUGGUUACUUUAAACGCUGGUUUUGGUUCUUAAUAGCCAUUUCGUGACGCCGUUACUGAUUUCCCCGCGAAAGGAUGUCUGAGGAACAAGCGCAGAAAUUCCGUUCUGAUGACGUGUCACUACCUAGAUCUGGGUAGUGCGUGUGAUUGGUUGAAACAACUUUCCCAAGCGGCACAACCAGUCAGACGUACUACCUAGACCUGGGUACUGACACGCCGUCAAUAUGCAAUUUCUGCGCUCAUUCCUCGGACAUCAUUUCGCGGGGAAACUAGUGAUGGCGUCAGGAGAUGUCGGCUGUUUUGUAAAGCUAGGUUAUUAAUCGAAUCCGUUGUUUAUAUACCCAUCAAUUUCUCUAGGCCCGUCAGUUAUCGUUUUGGAUGGAGCAAAUCACUUAGGCCACGCCUUAGACCUUGCAGCGUUUACAGUAAAGGAGAUGCAAUGGCUGCCCUCCUAUGUUCCAGUCUCCUGUAGAUUCAUAAUCACCACAACAAAGUCUGAUAUAACAUACAGAGCGCUCUCACAGAGGAAGGACGCUUACUGUGUUGAUAUGCCACGACUGUUUGACGUCCGGGGGAAGAAUGACUUACUCAGAGAAUAUGUGGGUUCAAACUGCAAGUACCUAGAUGCAGCUCGAACUUCUAAGAUUAUAUCCUCCACUCUAGCACAUUUACCUCUGUUUUAUGUCGCACUCGCCUGUGAAUUACGGAUUUUGGCCGCCCAUAAGAAUGCAGAAAGAUCUUUCGAUUCCUAUGUACAUGCAUCAACAUUAUUUGAUUUGUGGAGUUUGAUAUUUCGCCGUUGGACGCACGACUACGGCUGGCUACGGCCAGCGGUUUCCCGCAGUCCUGUACCUGCUAUCAAGACCCAAGUGUCACGUGAUCGUAUGAACAGUGGUUGGGUUGCUGAUGUUCUCAGGCUUUUUGCCCUGUCACGUGAAGGGUUAUCCGAAAACGAGUCUCUAGGUGCUUUAAAAGUCAUGGGUUAUUCAAAGAACCACGAGGUUACUAAGGCACACUGGGAAAUGUUUCGUUUGAUCGCAGAGCACGCGCUGAUUGAAAUGCCAUCUGGGCUAAUUACCUUCUCUUAUCAGUCUGCCCGUAGUUCGGUUGAAAUCGCGUUACUUGGCAACCUAACAUCUCCGUCCCAAGAGCGCGCGAUAUCGCCUUUUCAAGAGACCUGGGAACGACAGAAGCAACAGGGUCAUACUGUACUUUCCAGCUUCUUUUCCGUUCAACUCUCUUCUGAACGUAUGGUUGAUGAGUUUCCAUGGCAACUUUAUAUGAGCGGUAACAUGGCUACACUAAGCAAAACUGUGUGUGACCCGAAAGUGUUCGUAAGGUUAGUCAGCUCACGGAGCGAACAACGAAGACAAAUCGAUUUACUCCUCUACUGGAAAAAGUUGAAUCUGAAGGGUUAUAAGCUUCACGAGGGUCUCUAUGAAAUGGCAAUCAAGGCCCAGGAGAGACUAUGCGAGGAGGCAAAUGACUUGAAACACAGAGAUGUGAAAUCCCCGUCUUCAAAGGCAACAGAAAGUUCAGCUGUUGACGAGCUUUGUCGAAAAGAGAAAGAUGAGCAGCUAUCUCAGUUGGAAGUUGCCCUCAUUUGUUAUUUCGCGGGAAAAUUUCUCUUAGAUAACGGGCACGAUAUGAUGGCGCAGAAUCUUCUUUUAAACGCUUAUAAGAUGGCGUACCCAGUGGUUUCAGUAGAUGAUAUUUACUUUCUGUGCGAUAUACAGGAAUCACUGGGGAAUUUAUAUGUCAAAUCUGAUUUGAGCAAAGCCGUGUUUUGGUUCAACGGUGCCGUGAAGUCUGCUGGAGAAGUAACGCGUGUUUCAGAUACGGUGAGGUUUUGCUCUCUUUUCACACUCAUGUGUCCAAGACAGAUGAUCAUCAAAGAUGAUCAUAUCGCUAAGAUCAACACUUGUCACAAAACUAAAAAGUUUUCAGAGUCGCAUUCUCUAGAUUGGCUUCUGCCACGGUAUACACGUCAGCAGCUUAUUUGAUUGUAACUAAGUGAACGUCCUCUUGUAGACGGUCAGUUUGAGCGGGCUUCAGUUCGCUAUCUAUCUUUAAGGUGUCCGUCGAAAUAACUGCUCGGCUACUUACACUAAUUUGCCUUUUAGGUUCAACACUCAACUAUGAUCGGCCGCCUUCUGAAUCAAAUCGCCUUCUGUCACCUGCCAAAUCACGUGACUCUCCCACCAGAAGUGCAAGGUCGAUCACGUGCCUCUACGCGGACUGGAAGAGUUAAGACGCCGAAUGUGACAGGGAAAGAAACAGGGGAUGACACAGGACAAGUUAAUGUUGGCGCAAUUUUGGACGAGGCAAUGAGGCACAUGAAGCUGUCUCAAGUGUAUCCAGGUACGAUGAUGUUAUUUGAAAUUUUUUCACUUCCCUAAACAUCUGGUUAAAGAAAUCACCGUCAUAUUUUACCACAUGUUAGGGGUAAAUCUACGCACUUAAGGUAAAUUGUGGAGUAUGACUUGAGCUCUCCCGGUUGUCUUGAAAAUGGGCAAGGCUAAUUUCCGGACCAUCCAUGAGUGCAGUUUGUUUUGAUCUUACAAAGUGGGCUAAAGUUGGUAAAAGAUGUUCACCUCUACCACGACUAAGGUUGUGUUUUUUCCUUUACUCGCUUGAAAUCUUCCAGGUCAGAGCUGUGUCUAUUUCCACAUGGGUUUGUUAGCAGCUAAACAUCGACGUUCAGCAGAUGCCGAGGCGCUGUUUCGCAAAUCUCUUAAAAUGCGAGAGGAAUGGUACGGCUCGUCCCACCCUUUGGUAGCCGAGAUUUUCGACGCGCUAGCCUCACUUGCGUGCUCAGAUGCAUCAGAUUCCCCGGAUGUAGCUGUGGCAGAGGAACUGUUUCGGCGAGCUCUAUACAUGCAAGAGGAUCUCUUGGGGUGUUCACAUUUGGUGGUAGCAAACACUCUGUUCAAACUAGGUGGGUAUCAGCUUGGAUCACGUACGAAGGUCUUCGGCUUCGCCUUACACUGUAUUUCAGAUCUUUCAAUAUCGGAGAUUAAGAAUAAUGUAUAAAACAUUUUUUUCUCGGCUUUUGUCAUUUAUGGAUUUAAUCAGCCUAAUAAUUGGGAGACUACAGCUGAUAAAGACGUAUUAAAACUAGCGAGUAACUAAGAAUGGUCACGUCUCUCAGAUAAAACUUGAGAAACGUCACUUUGCCUGUUUAUUUUAAUUUAUAUUAUAAUUUUUGUAAACACGCAGUGAUUUUGUUACAAAUAGUUAUGGUGAGUCGUGGGACUCAUCUUGUGAAAAAUCAUGAGUCCCAGUUAAAGAAAAACGAGUCCGAAAUUAAAAAUGCUUGGGCCUUUAUGUAACCAGACAGUUAAUCUGAAGACAGACUCUAAAACUCUGUAUUAAAGUAUACUGAAAUUAAAACACAGUCCUUCUAAUCUAUUUUAAAGCCGGCACAACAAAGGUUAAAAGAAUUAUGCAGAAAUUACAUGAACGGCAUGUUACUACAAAUACACAUGUUCGAUCGAUCGAUCUUUGCGUCCUACGGAACGUAUGCCAUAAAUUAUUUUGCGUCGUUGGUGAUUUUUAUGGGUCAGGGACGCUGGACGCAGAGGUAACAAAAUCACUGCACGCAUCAGUUAAGCAAGUGGUCUGUGAGAAGGGGAUCUUACAUUUUAAGGUAAUAGUUUCAUCAGCAAAGCUGAAUGGUGUAAAACCGCGCGUUUUACAGCAACACAAACAACUUAAUCUUGUUGGGUACUGUAUCAAGUCCAGUCGCGCAUGUUGUGUGCUCUGGAAUGAUAUAUUACGCGUGAUUUCAGUAGAAAGUGCCUGAGGGCGCCAACUUUACUUGUCUCUGGCUUGUUGAAUGAAUCUUGUGACGGAUGAUUUUUCAGUCAGUGAAACAGGCGGCUCGGAAGAAAAAAAUCCGAGCACUCCAAAAAGGAGUCGAACCUAUGAGCUUCUGGUUACUAGUCCAGAUGCUCUACCGCUAAGCUACAGGAGACUCGAGGGAGUGAAGGCCAAUGAACUAGGUUAUAUGAAUCUUGAUCGUGAAUAGGAACCUACCUCUUACCCUAUAGGAAGAUAGAAGGGUGGGUACAUACCCCAAUAUUGGUGAUUUCCAUAGAAAAACAAGUUAUUCUUAUCCGACACUGCGUUACGACUUUUAACGUCCAUUGUAGAGGUGGUGCUUGAAAUUGUCGAUGUAAAUCCUCACUUCAUUUUACAGGCAGGCUUCUUCAAGCUAAGAGCAAAAAAGAUGCAACAAGGGAAGCAAAGCAGUUAUUCCAGAGGGCGCUAGACAUACGUACAGCAAAACAGGGAGUGUAUCACGUGGAAACCAAACUUAUCAGGCGUGCGCUUAUGUCACUGGAAACAGUGGACGUGUCUGCGAAAUUCAGCGGUAAAGGAACCGCGAUAGAGAAAGAGUUACGUGCGUUAGAUGACGUGACGAGUCGCCCAUUGACCAAGUCAUCUUCAAGGAAUCUUGACUUUCGCCAAGCAAGUGGAUCGUAA